AUGAAAAUGAGAUUCCUCUUAGCUUGCUUUUUAUCACUUUCACCUAUCCUCGUGAUGGGUUAUCUAGGGGACGCAACACCAUCAGCUGAGAGGCUCAUUGUUGAGCUGACGACGUACCCCACCAGAUUCCAGGACACGCGUCGUUUCCAUGGAAAACCAUCCGCAGUUAUCGGUUGGAUAAAUCUCGGUUGUAAAGGUUCGGGAGAGGAUUGGGAGGCUGUAAUAAAAGCCUAUAAAAACGAUCCUAGAGUCCGUGGCAUAACGAUAACUCCUAUUAAGGCUUUGGUGAGGAUAAAGGCCAAGCCAGAGAUUCAGAUCUCGGGGACAAUCAGUCCACCUAUCAGCGCUAUGAUCAAGAAUGCAUUUGAUCAUGCAUCCAAGUUGAUCAUUUGGAGAAGAGCUUAUCAUCAUCCUACGGAGUUGAGCUUCAUAAGUACCACUCAUCAAAUCCAGUCAUACUGA